UUAUGAAUAAAUAACAUAUACCAGCAAAAGCAUAAGAAAAAAUAUUUGGUUUGAUUCUUAAAAGACCAGAAAAUUUAAUAUGUGCUGAUUGUGCCACAAAAGGUCCAAGAUGGGUUAGUUUAGAUUAUGGUGUAUUUAUAUGUAUGGAUUGUGCAGGUAUAUAAAUAAUUGUUAUAUUUUUAGGAGCUCAUAGAACUUUAGGUCCUAGUGUUACUAGAGUUAGAUCAACUAAUAUAGAUGGAUGGUAUUAAGAAAAUAUUGAUAUUAUGGAAUCUAUUGGAAAUGCAACAGCUAAUUCUUAUUGGGAAAAUACCAUGCCUAAAAACUAUAUGUAUAUUAUUUUCCGAUAUUUUAUUACAAAAUUAGAAAACCAACUAUAAAUACAGGUUUAGACUCUUUGAUUCGUUUCGUACAAGAAAAAUAUAUUAAAAAGAAAUUUAUACCUUCAUAAUAAUGUCUUGAUCCAAAAUAACAAUAUAUGUUAACCAAAACGUAUUUUAUCUCCAAUAAUUAUUUAGUACUGUUAAACCAUUUUAUUUUCAUAAUAUAGAUACAAAAUAAGAAGAAUCUAAAGUUAAAUUAGGAGAUCUUAUUGAUUUAAAUGAAUAAUUUGAUAAUUUUGGAGUUAAGGAAAAUAAAAUUGAAAUCCAUCAUGCAAAUAAUACUUAAUAUGGAACUACACAUUCAUUAUCACCAGAUAAAGAUUAAAAUGAUUUCAUUCAAACCUAAUCAUCAUAAAAUAAUCAUGUCAUGCAUUCAUUACCAUCCUUAGAUAUUCUAAAUCUAUAUAAACCUGACUAAUAAUUAAAAUAAAAUAUGCAAUCAUAAUAAAAUAUACCACAUAAAAAUGCUAAUUAUGCUUAUUUAUAGAAUUUAGGAAUCCAAUCAUAAUAAUAAUAAUAAUAAUAAUAUUAUUAGUAGAUCUAAAAUAAUAAUGCAUAUUUCAAUCAUUAAUCAUAAUAAUAAUAGUUUUAAUAAAAUAUGUAUUAAUAACAAUAAACUAAUUUUAUGUAAUAAUAACAAUAAUAUAAAUCAAAUGGACCUAUUAAUAUCAUGGAAUUAUAUCAAAGAUGA